AGGACGGGGAAAAAUCCGAGGGGCCUCUUGGCACACUAUUCACCGGUUAGUAGCUUGGUAGCUGGAAAGAAGUAGUCACCUUUUAGAUCUUCGAAGGCCAACCGCACCGACACCGACAUUGUAUGCAGUUUUCCAUACGUGUUUCCGAGUGUGAGCGUUUUGGGACGGAGAGAUCCAACCGCGGACAGCAACCCCCCAUUCGCUGUCGUAUUGCACAGGGUUAAUAAAGUGAGAGCGAAAAAUCUACCCCCAAAACGGCGGAGGCAGAACUAUUUAACUAGCAGCUAGCAGUGAACGUGAGCUUUUUUUCGCUCGAAGGAGAACUUGGAGAGCAAACGGAGAGCCCGAGAGCUUUUAUAAAGUGCGAUGUUGUUUUUAUUUGUACGUUAAUUUAUUGAACUUCUUCUACCGGGUUGUGUCGCGGGUCUUGCGCAAACCCCCGCCGUUUUCGUGGUUUCGUGUUCUUAGCUGCGAUCAUCUUCGAUUCUGCAAAACAGCACGAUAGAAAGCACAGUCGACAAGUGUGGAUCCUUGUUGUUCAGUGUGAUCGCCCGAUCGAUGUGGAAACGUGAUCCGAUUUCCGCCGAUUCAAUGAACGCCGGUUAGACUGUGAGCUCAGUGAGUCAGUGUUGGUGCCUUGAAAAUACGUUUAGAACUCGUUCGCAGCAGUCAGUCGUGAUCUGUAGCUUGAUCGGGCAAGAGCCGUGCGGUACAGGUUGAUCCUGCAGCAUCAUUAUCCUGCAACGUUGCAACGUUAGGGAAAGAAAUAAAGAAAAAAAAACAAACGUACGCACACUUCCCAAGUGAUCCAACAGCUGAUUGAACGCGGUGCGGGUGUUUUACCGGCAGCUGGUGACCGAAUUUUGGCGCCCUAUUUUAUUGCAUCCGUAAGGGGGGUGGUGAAUCGCGCUAGCUACCUACCGCAAGAAUAUUUUCGCAGCUGCGCACUGGUGGGCUCUGUGUGUAUCCGGUGCACCAGCCGUGUGUGAUUCGUAGUGUUUAUCAGUUGAUUAGGAAUGCAAUCGAACUGAACGAACGAAUUCGAACCACACGAAACCACGGAUUUGCUCGAGAGCUUAAGACCAAGUGCAAUUUUUCUUGAAACCCAGUUUGAAGACCCGCUGUGUUCGCGUACUUUUAAAUGUGAUAAUCUACGAAUGCGCUUCCUUGUAUCCAAUACUUCCGAGAAACGGCGUUUGUAAUCUUCCUGUAGAACUAGCCAUAGUUAGUCUUAGAGCAACAUCGACACAACCAACAGUCAAACGUAAACAGUGAACUAUUUUAAAUAGUACAUAAGAAAAUCUUCUGAAAUACACACACAAAAAUGACGACCGUCAACGAAACAACGUCCUCCAACUAUUGGGACUUUCUGUUCACCGAGCUGGCAGACCCGCGGACGAACCACUGGCCGCUGAUUUCGUCCCCGGUGCCCGGUCUCACCAUCAUCGCCAGCUAUCUGUACUUCGUGCUCAACUUCGGACCGAAAUAUAUGGCCAACCGGAAGCCGUUCCAGAUGCAGAAACUGCUGGUGGUGUACAACUUCCUGCAGGUGCUAGUCAGUGUGUACUUGUUUUUCGAGGGUCUGGACGGUGCCUGGCUGCGACACUACAGCUGGCGAUGCCAGCCGGUGGAUUGGACCGAGUCACCGAUGGCAAUGCGGGUUGCCCGAGGAUGCUACGUGUAUUUCCUGGCGAAAAUUUCCGAACUGCUGGACACAGUGUUCUUCACGCUGCGCAAAAAGGACAACCAGAUCAGCUUUCUGCAUCUGUACCAUCACACCGUGAUGCCAAUGAUCUCCUGGGGUGCCACCAAGUACUUCCCGGGUGGACACGGAACGUUUAUAGGAGUGAUCAACUCGUUCGUCCACAUUGUGAUGUACACUUACUAUAUGUUUGCUGCCAUGGGCCCACAAUUCCACAAAUACCUUUGGUGGAAGAAAUACAUCACUGAUUUGCAAAUGAUCCAAUUCGGAAUGGCCUUCAUCCACUCUGCCCAGCUGCUGUGGACCGAUUGUGGCUAUCCGCGUUGGUCCGUGUGCUUCACGCUGCCAAAUGCCAUUUUCUUCUACAUGCUCUUUAACGAUUUCUACAAGAAGACCUACGGCAUCAAGAGGGCUGCCCGGCUGGCAGCGGCCAAGCGGCUAGCGGAGGAGGAAAAACUGCGACGCGAGAGCGCAGGAAAACUCGCCGACAAAGAACUGUAAAUUUUCCCGAUUCGAACCCCAGAUACCACCAAUUUCACCACCGUAGGUUUAUCACUUACUUUUCCCAGUUCCGAAAAAAAACGAAAUUGCAGAAGAAAAAAAAAACACUAAACAA